AUGCCGGGCUUCCUGUGCUGUGAUCCUCCGUGGAGGCUGUGCCUGGCCCUGGCUUGUCUCCUCUCCCUCUGGCACACAGUGCCUGCCAUCAGAGGAGACGCCAAGAAGGAGAAGCUUAUGACGUACCUACCUAAGGCUGUGUCUGUAAAUAACGAAGUUAAGAAGGAAGACGAUGGGGCUUUCCUUGGAGCAACAGAGCUUCCUGCAAGGUCAGUGGACCUGUCUGCGCUCAACCUGACAGAGCUGGUGAACAGCAUGCUGACGAGAGCGCUGAAAGAUAGCAGGAAAUUCUUCUCCUUGCUGAGCGUCACGUCUUACAGCUCCUUCGCCUUCCACAAGUUUUCUGUGGCCAUUUACAAUAUUUCCAACCUGAAGGCUGUGGACCCAGUUAAAUUCCCCACCCGGCACUGCUACUGUUUAAACAAUCGGACCAAUGACUUGUCAGAUUUCACAGCCUUGCUGGUGGACAUCAUUGGCAAUUCGACCAGCUACCUCACAGAGAUUUUUAAGUCCACCUCCAUCCUCUCAGUGAGUCAGACGAAUGAAUCGGACUGCAUCUUCAUCUGUGUGAUGACAGGAAAAUCAGGAAGGAAUCUGUCUGACUUCUGGGAGAUGGCGGAGAAAUCUCCUGUUAUCAAUUACACAUUCACCAGCGGUGUGUCUGCUCAGGCUACCAGGAGGGUGGCCAGAACUUCGUGGGUGACAGUCGACCAGCAGGCAGAAGCUUCCACACCUGAGUCCUGGGCUCAGACCACCGGUGAGAAAGCACCUGGAGGCCCCCCGUGGCCGGCCCCUUCCUCCAUGCCUCCAAGUUCUGCAGGGGCUGAGGGGCCCACGAGUCUUUGGCUUCUUUCUGGGUCACCUGCUAGGCCAGAGGCCACCCCCAGCAGCCCGUUCCGGACCAGCCAGACCUUAGGAACACAGACUCCGAGCCCAACCAAGGCACCGGCCCCCAAGUACCCACACACAGGUGACCUGCCUGCAGCCUGGCCAUUUUUCCUGGGAGAGCUGCCAGCCCUGGCCCCCAGACCCCACGUGUCCUGGUGUCCUCAGCCAUUCCUCAAAGAGGGGACAGCUGCUCCUCCCACCCAGGCCAUCCAGAAGCUCAACCCUUGCCUUAUGGAGCUGUGCCGCUUUUUCCAGCAGUGUCUCUGCAUGAGCCACGAGCGGGACCCUAGAACAGAAGCCACCAGGUACUGUCUUGACUACUACUCAUGGUUCCUGAAGAAUGCGACACACAUCUGUCAGAGGGUGAAGCGGGUGUCCCGGUCACGCACCUUAAAACAAAAAUGCCUUGAGAAUAUCUGCAGGUCAGUAUGA